UUUUUUUUUUUUCUCUUGAAUAAAGAAAUGAUCCACGGCUAUCUAUUUGAUUUUCAAUGAUUAUGUAAUAGUUUAUUUGCAUGUGAUGCUGCUCUCCCAAGCAAAAACAGCUCAUAUCAAUCAUCAUUUAUAAUCAUCUUUUAUCAUCACCAAGAAAGAUCCCUCCUUCUUUCACUGUUUCUUUUUUUUUCUAAUUUCUUUCUUUUUUGGUCUCUCAAGAAAGUAAUAUACCUCCAGCUUCUGUCUUCUUUCUCCUUCGGCUUCUCCUUCAAACUUUCCUUGUCAGUUUCUAUUUUUUUUUUUUCCUUGGAAAUGCAUAGCUGAAUUUCUCAACAGUAUUGGUUUAUGGGGGAGAGAGAAGAGAUUCAAAGGUCGACGAUUGCUUGUGGAUCUUUUGCGAAUCUUGAUGCAGACUGCAUUUGAUGUGACCAGGAUUUGCGUUAGAUUCUCGGUUCUCUUGAAUCUCAAUUUUGCUUCCGCUGUUGGGGUUUUCACUGGCUGAGAGGGAAACAAGCAUGAAAAUGAACCUCUUGUUCAUUUUCUCUGCAAUUCUCUUCUUUGGAUCAGUUUCUUUACCAGCCAUUGCAGAGCCAGUUGAAGAUAAACAAGCUUUGCUAGAUUUCCUUCACAAUAUUCAUCACUCGCACUCUCUCAAUUGGAAGCAGAGCUCCUCUGUAUGCAGUAAGUGGACAGGAGUGACCUGCAAUGGUGAUCAGUCUAGAGUUGUAGCCCUCAGAUUGCCUGGAGAAGGAAUUCAAGGCCCCAUACCACCAAACACUCUCAGUCGCCUGUCGGCAAUUCAGAUUCUGAGCCUCAGAUCAAAUGGCAUAUCAGGUUCUUUCCCUUCAGAUUUCUCCAAACUUGAAAACUUGACCAGCCUUUAUCUUCAAUUCAACAACUUCUCAGGCCCAUUGCCUACAGAUUUCUCAAUGUGGAAGAACCUUUCAAUUCUUGAUCUGUCAAAUAAUAGGUUUAAUGGAAGCAUUCCAACCUCAAUCUCAAAUUUGACACACCUUACCUCUUUGAACCUCGCUAACAACUCGCUUUCAGGUGUUAUUCCUGAUAUAAAUGUCCCUAGUUUGCAGUCUCUAAAUUUAGCCAACAAUAAUCUCACUGGAAGCGUGCCACUGUCUCUUCUAAGGUUUCCAAGUUGGGCAUUUUCUGGUAACAAUCUUUCAUCAGAAAGUGCCAUUCCUCCAGCCCUUCCACUUCAGCCACCAACUCCUCAACCACCAAGGAAAGCCAAUAAACUAAGUGAACCUGCAAUAUUGGGGAUUGUACUAGGCGGCUGCGUUCUUGCAUUUGUAAUCAUUGCUAUGUUGAUGGUUUGCUGUUACUCGAAGAAGGACAAGGAAGGUGGAUUACCUACGAAGUCGCAAAAGAAGGAGGUAUCUUUAGAGAAAAAUGCUUCAGAAAGCCAAGAUAAGAAUAAUAGGCUUGUGUUCUUCGAGGGUUGUAAUCUUGCAUUUGACUUGGAGGACUUGUUGAGAGCAUCUGCUGAAGUGCUUGGGAAGGGAACUUUUGGAACAACCUACAAGGCUGCUCUUGAGGAUGCAACCACAGUAGUGGUGAAGAGGUUGAAGGAAGUGCCUGUGGCUAAGAAAGAGUUUGAACAGCAGAUGGAAGUGAUUGGAAGUAUUAGGCACCCAAAUGUAUCUGCUCUAAGGGCAUAUUACUAUUCAAAGGAUGAGAAGCUUACAGUGAGUGAUUACUACGAACAGGGGAGUGUUUCUGCAAUGCUACACGGUAAAAGAGGGGAAGGCAGGAUUCCAUUAGAUUGGGAAACGAGGCUGAAAAUUGCAAUUGGUGCCGCAAGAGGCAUUGCUCAUAUCCACACACAGAAUGGUGGCAAACUUGUCCAUGGAAACAUCAAGGCCUCAAACAUUUUCCUAAAUUCUGAGGGAUAUGGCUGCAUAUCCGAUAUUGGUUUGGCAGCAUUGAUGAGUCCAAUGCCGCCACCAGCAAUGAGGGCUGCAGGGUACCGUGCCCCUGAAGUAACAGAUUCUAGGAAAGCAACUAAUUCAUCUGAUGUCUACAGCUUUGGGGUCUUGCUGCUUGAGCUUCUGACUGGAAAAUCCCCUAUACAUUCCACAGGUGGAGAUGAGGCUGUUCACUUGGUGAGGUGGGUGCAUUCUGUGGUGAGGGAGGAAUGGACAGCUGAAGUAUUUGACAUUGAACUUUUAAGAUACCCUAAUAUUGAGGAGGAAAUGGUAGAGAUGUUACAAAUAGGAAUGAAUUGUGUGGUGAGGAUGCCAGAGCAGAGACCAAAAAUGCCUGAUAUAGUGAAAAUGGUAGAGGACAUUCGAAGAGGGAGUAUCGAGAACCGACCAUCUACUGAAACUAAUUUAGAAACAGCAGUUUCAACCCCGACGCCACAGGCUGCAGAUGAAGCUUCCACUUCAGCUCCACCUCCACAGUGAGAUUCUAUUGAUUUUUCGUGCUAUUAGUUGUCUUCGAUAUAAUUUUAUUGUUGGUUUACAUAAUUUGAUUUUAUUUUAAAUUGAGCAAUUGGUUAUAAUUAGUUGAGUUGUUUGGAAUCCUUGAGAUUCCGACCAGUUUAGCUACCAUACUACCUAACCCAAUUCAAGUCAAAAGGGAAGUUGGGUCCUUCGCUAUUUUAUCAUUUAGUUAGGACUUGAUUGUUAUGCAUGUGGAGUUUACUGGCUUUGCUAUCUAAUGCAACCAAAUUAAUAUUUUUUAUCUGUC